AUGGGCAUCGUGAGCAGCCGGCCGGACGAUGGCGCUGCCAUCUAUUUGAGAGACCAGAGUCGACUGUCCAUCUCGUCUCUGGUGAUCAGUUGCCCUCGUAAACGCACAUCCGUCACCCUCGUCCCCAACUCGUUCCCCGCGACGCGAAUCACAGCAACACGGGCCUUGGGCGACACCAGCCCGGUUGAGUUUGUUCAAGACACCGAGCCUUCGUCUAUCCCAAACUUCCUCCUGAAACUCAACAAUGAUGACGAGCUUGUCUUCAACUUUACCUUCAUCGUUCGCCAGGAAGAAACUGGGCCAAAUACCGAUACACACAUCAAUGGACUGACCUAUGUCUAUGCCUCGACAAACAGAGAGGUUGAGAACCUCGUCACUCGAGAGUUCCAUGCAGAUCCAAACCUCCACAAGAACGCAAACGUCGAGUUGGUUGGUGAUUACACUACUGGCGGCAGCUCUUCAGUGAGCUUUGAAUGGUCAUGGAAGUGGAAACCCCCAAAGACAAUAGAGGACAGGGGUGGUGGGUGGAAGAAUGUCUGCAGUUUCGUCGAGUACGACCAAAGAGCACAUCGAUUAGACACGCUAGCCACCUUCUCCUUUUGGGUUGCCAAUACCUCUUCUUUCCCCAGUCACCCUAACUCUCCCUCUCCAGUCUUUCAACUAGCUGUCCCCCCGAAGAUUCGUGUGGCAUCGGCCCAGUCCGUGGACUCGCGCAUUAGUGAACAAGACGAGCCAGGCUCUCCACUGAACCUCCAACAUGACUUACAGUCUACUUUACCUCGCCUUGUGGAGAACUCAAGGGAUCCCGUUAAGCUUGAUGUAUCUUGUCCUCGCCCAGAUGAAGAUAUAUCCAUGAACGACGAUGGCCCGGUAUUUCGAGCUACCAUCAAGGCUCUGGAACAGAAAACCGGCAACAUGAGGACACAUAUGAAAAAGGUGCUGAAAAGGGCUGAACAGGCGCGCGCUGCUCAAAUCGAAGCCAACGAGACCUACAUGAGCUUCAUGGAAGCCCUACGAGAGGCAUCUGCUACCAACGCCAACGCAGUACAGCCUGCUAUCGAGCAUUAUUUCGACAAGAUAGCGAGAGAGAUCGUGGCCUAUGAGAGGCAGAAUACAGCUAAUCUGCAGAAGAUCAUUAUCGACCCUAUCAGCAAGUUGUAUACCUACGACAUCAAGCAGGCGGAGUCCAAGAAGCGCGAUUUCGAAGAGGAGAGCAAGGACUACUACGCCUAUGUAUCUCGGUAUCUUGGCCAACGACAAGACUCGGUGAAGCAUAAGAAGCUUGUCGAGAGUGACACCAAAUACCAGACAAAGAGGAAAAACUUCGAGCUCAAACGAUUCGACUAUUCCUCCUUCAUGCAAGAUCUGCACGGUGGUCGCAAGGAGCAGGAGGUCCUGUCUCACUUGACCAAGUACGCCGACACUCAGGCGCGAAGCUUUCUGUCAACCGCCAAGAAGAUCGAUGUUCUGCUACCUCAGCUAGAGGCCCUAACCAGUGAGGUUCAAGAGGCCAACAAAGAGUUCCAGUACCAAAGACGGGAACGAGAGGAGAAGAGACGCGUGUUGGAGAAGAGCAAUCUCCAGUAUAACGAGCCGGAGACGGUGUCUUCCACGGCGAGCGCUGCCAUAACCAGCAAUAGUAAUGGUGUACAAUACACGUCCGAUUCCGAACAACUCGGCCGAGCCGACAGCACUGGCUCUCAGCUGAAGGCGAUUCCCACGGGCAACUCUGCAUCGGUAGCUUUGAUAGGAGGGGAUCUCUCAAGAUCCCCAGGCAGCCUUGGGCAUGCUGCCCUUAGUAGCCCUGCGCAGAACUCCAAGUUCAAGGGCAUACGCGAUCUGGAAGAAAGAGACCUUGCGCAACUCGCUAUCGCCGAGAAAAAUUCGACCCACCGAAAAGAAGGACUUCUCUGGGCUUUGAACCGGCCUGGUACCCAUGUGGACCCCUUGAAUCUGAACAAACAGGGCUGGCAUAAGUUUUGGGUCGUCCUAGACCAGGGCAAGCUAUCCGAGUAUAGUAAUUGGAAGCAGAGGCUUGACCUGCAUAUGGAUCCUAUUGACCUUCGCAUGGCAUCUGUACGAGAGGCACGCAAUGCUGAGCGGAGAUUUUGCUUUGAGGUUAUCACGCCUCAUUACAAGAGGGUGUAUCAGGCAACUUCUGGCGAGGACAUGAACAGCUGGAUACUCUCCAUCAACAACGCCCUCCAAAGUGCAGUGGAGGGACAUGGAUUCAAAGAAAAGCCGACAACGUCCUCUGCCGAGUCCCACAGCCUCCGGCGGGACAUUGGGCACAUACUGACUGGCAAGAGCUCAUCCUUGAACCACGGCUCUUUUGGAGUUCAUGCUUUACCGAGUUCUGCUCUUCCAUCUCGCCGAACGACGGUCGGGGCGCGGCCUGGAAACACACGACCACCUAGCAAUAGCUACGACGAAAGCCCAGGCAAACUCCUCCAAACCCUGCGCGACAAUGACCAAGGCAACUGUUGGUGUGCGGAUUGCGGCGGAGGCUCCAAGGUGGAAUGGGUAUCCAUCAACUUGGCCAUUGUGCUCUGCAUCGAAUGCAGCGGUAUUCACCGCUCACUUGGGACUCAUAUCAGCAAAGUGCGUUCACUUACGCUUGACAUCACAUCAUUCACUCCCGAUAUUAUCGAGCUGUUGCUGCUUGUCGGAAAUAGAGUCUCCAACAUGAUAUGGGAAGCAAGACUCGACCCAGGAUUCAAGCCUAGUCCGCAAGCCACUCGGGAACAACGACUCAGAUUCAUCACGAUGAAAUACGUGGACAGAGCCUUUGUUGAGCCGAUCUCGGCAACCCUAUCGCGGUAUCCGACGCCUGACGAGACGCUGCUUGCCGCUAUAAAGCGUAACGAGAUUCAACAAGUCAUAUAUGCCCUGGCGCUUCAUGCCAAUCCCAACGUCCUCGAUAGAUCUCGAGGCGCUCACCCCGUCUUCCUAGCGCUCGCGGCAGCCGACCCGGCGUCACCUUCGCCCAGCGCAACCCCGGUUGCAGGCGGUCGGCCAGAUCCUGCAACGCGCGUGGUCCCGUUUCCCGUGGCCGAAAUGUUGGUACAGAAUGGAGCUGAGAUACCAGCAACCAUGCCUGCCUUCCCCCUAAGUCACAGUGCCCGAAUGUACAUCGACCAGAAGCGCGGCCGGCAUGCUGCCAUCGAAGCCUCUGGCACAUCGUUGCCAAACAAUCUCAGUCCCAGCCCGAGCGAGCGACUUCAGCGUGAUAAGGACGCGCGUUUACAGAAGCGUAUCAGUGCCGGCGGACGCUUGGCCAAGUCGCCGAUUCCCGAACGAUAG